CACAUCAUCUUCGUCUUCUCUUAUUAUACAAUCAAUCUUCUUAUCUAUCUAGCACCUUCUAGCUACUUCCAUUUGCAUAAUUAUUAUACUUACAUACAUUUAGCGCUCAAACAUCUUUCAUUUCAAGAGAUCGAUUGAAGAAUGGGUAGAGAGAUAGAGAGCUUUGUAGAAUCAUCUUCAUUGUCUUCAUCUUCUGCUUCUGCUUCUUCUUCAUGGUCGUUCGUUUCAGAUGAUGAGGAAAAGAGAAUGCCAUUGCUGGCGCUGAAUCAUGUUUCCUUUGUCUGCAAAUCCGUGAGGAAAUCCGUGGAGUUUUAUGAGCAAGUUCUGGGAUUUGUGCUCAUCAAGCGCCCCUCCUCCUUCGACUUUGAAGGAGCUUGGUUGUUCAAUCAUGGGAUUGGGAUCCAUUUGCUGGGAGCGGAGAAGGUUCCGACAAAGAAAGGGAAAAUAAACCCAAAAGACAACCACAUUUCGUUCCAGUGCUCCGACAUGGAUCUCAUCAUCAAAAACCUCGACGACAUGAAAAUCGAGUACGUGACGGCCAAGGUUAAGGAAGACGGCGUGAUUGUGGAUCAGCUCUUCUUCCACGACCCCGACGGUUACAUGAUCGAAAUCUGCAACUGCCAAAACCUCCCCGUUCUUCCCCUCUCCGCCUGCCCCCUCAGGUCCAAAAACCACACCUCCUCCUUUAACGGGGGUGUGGUGAAGAAGACGCCAUGUGCCGGAGAAGUUGAGCGCCUAAUGAUGGAGAAUCUGGCCCUCAACAUGCUUGACAUUUCAUUAUAAUCAUCGAUAUGAUGGUGAUAAUACGUAUGAUUCGACCUCACUAGAAAUUGUGAAGAGAUAUGUAAUAUAUAUAAGUUGGCCGUUCAAUUUUUUUUCUUUCUUUUUAUUUUGUAAUAUUGUUGUGUAGUGGUAAUAUGAAUGUAACGAGGGAGAUACGUGAUGAGAUUUCCACGCGAGCAGUGAGAUUUUACUGUUUUUGUAAAAAUUCCAUGUUGGAUAUAAUGAAUAAGUUAUUAUAUUUGCUCGAUCUUAUUA